AUGAAACAAAUAAUCAUUCUUUUCCUGCUUGCUGCCAGCAGUGCAGCUUUUCUAUUUCCUAUGAUGGGAGGCGGAGGAGGAUGCUGUUGCCCAGCUCCAGCGCCACCACCGCCACCGCCACCGCCGCCGCCGCCACCACCUGCACCAUCCUGUGGAUGCUGCUGCUGUCAACAAGCCCCGUCAAUUCCUGUACCCCCACCACCAGCUCUACCACCGCCACCAUCUCUACCAGCUCUACCGUCCGGCGGCUGUGGAGGAGGAUGCGGUGGAGGUUGUGGACGUAAAAAGCGUGAAGCCGUGCAGGUUAUCACACAUAAGCAAGGCAAAAAGUGCAAUAGCAGCAAGCUGCAAGAGAUUCUCAACAAGAGUUUGAAAGGAAACGCCGAACAAAGUUUGAACGCGAUUCAAGAACAACUGAAGGACACCACUGGCUACAUCGUUGUUUGCAGUGAAAAGAAACUUGACUUUGCCGCUCAGACAGACGAGUACUGUAGUGCACAUCACGUAGCAGUGAACUGCGGCAUCUUCCGCCUCAAGCAAAGGAUUGCUGAGUCGAGCAGUAAAGAUUUGGAAGAAGGAGGAGGCGAUGAUACAGAUGACGAGGAAGAGGAGAGGACAGAAGUGAUCGUUAGAAAAGCCGACUAG